CCUCCUCCUCCUCCUCUUCUUCCCUUCCCCUUCUCUCUCUCUCUCUCUCUUUCCUCCCCUCCCGCCCCCCGCUCGGCGGCGCAGGAUGAGUGUCGGGGGCGGCGGAGGCGUCGGGGGCCGGGUGUGCGACCUCUCCCGCAGGAACCCCCAGGAGGACUUCGAGCUCAUCCAGCGCAUCGGCAGCGGCACCUACGGAGACGUCUACAAGGCUCGGAAUGUUAACACAAGUGAACUGGCAGCAAUUAAAGUAAUAAAAUUAGAACCAGGAGAAGAUUUUGCUGUUGUGCAGCAGGAAAUCAUUAUGAUGAAAGACUGUAAGCAUCCAAACAUUGUUGCUUAUUUUGGCAGCUAUCUCAGACGUGAUAAGCUGUGGAUUUGCAUGGAGUUUUGUGGAGGAGGUUCAUUGCAGGAUAUUUACCAUGUAACUGGACCUCUCUCUGAACUGCAGAUUGCUUAUGUAAGCAGAGAAACACUACAGGGAUUAUAUUAUCUUCACAGUAAAGGAAAAAUGCACAGAGACAUAAAGGGAGCAAAUAUUCUUUUAACAGACAAUGGCCAUGUGAAAUUAGCUGAUUUUGGAGUAGCAGCACAAAUAACAGCUACCAUUGCCAAAAGGAAAUCUUUCAUUGGAACUCCAUAUUGGAUGGCCCCUGAGGUUGCUGCAGUUGAAAGGAAAGGUGGAUAUAAUCAACUUUGUGACCUUUGGGCUGUUGGAAUCACUGCUAUAGAGCUAGCAGAGCUCCAGCCUCCAAUGUUUGACUUACAUCCAAUGAGAGCUCUCUUUUUAAUGACUAAAAGCAACUUCCAGCCUCCCAAACUAAAGGACAAAAUGAAGUGGUCAAAUAGUUUCCAUCAUUUUGUGAAAAUGGCACUUACAAAGAAUCCUAAAAAAAGACCUACAGCUGAAAAACUAUUGCAGCACCCUUUUGUAACCCAGCCAUUAAACCGAACCCUUGCUAUUGAACUGUUGGAUAAAAUGAAUAAUCCUGAUCAUUCCACCUAUCAUGAUUUUGAUGAUGAUGAUCCUGAGCCUCUACUUGUACUUCAUAGAAUUCAUUCAACAAGCAGAAACGUGAGAGAAGAAAAAACACGCUCUGAAAUAAACUUUGGCCAAGUAAAAUUUGAUCCACCUUUAAGGAAGGAAACAGAGCCUCAUCAUGAAUUUCCUGACAGUAACGAUUUUUUGGACAGUUCAGAAGAAAUAUACUACACUGCAAGAUCUAAUCUGGAUUUGCAACUAGAGUAUGGCCAAGGUCCCCAAGGCAGUUACUUCUUGGGUGCAAAUAAGAGCCUUCUCAAAUCAGUUGAAGAAGAACUGCAUCAGCGGGGACAUGUGGCACAUCUAGAAGAUGAGGAAGAAGUGGACAGUGAUGAUUCUAAACAGACAGUACUGGAAUUUGGAAAAAAACAAUCACGGGGACAAAAAGUAAUUCCACAGCAGUGUGUAGGGAAUCAUAUCAAUAUCUUAAGCCCAAACUCCGGUUCAACUAUGAGAGCAAAAGUGCCACCUCCUUUGCCACCAAAGCCUAAAUCCAUCUGCAUGCCACAGGAAAUUAAUUCUUCUGAGGAUGAUAAUCAAGGAACGAUAAAAAGAUGUCCUGUUUCAGAGAGCCCUGCAAAAUCAAACACUCAAGUCCCACCUAGACCACCACCACCUCGGUUACCUCCACAGAAAUCUUUAGGUAAUGGAUGGAGUUCUAUACAAUUAAAUGGUGACAGAGAGGGAUCUCCCCAUCAAGAACCAAAUGAGAAUAGACACACUAAUGUAUCUAGGAAAGAAAAGAAGGAAGUACUGAAACCUAUUAGUAAUGGUCUUCCUCCUACACCAAAAGUACAUAUGGGUGCCUGCUUUUCAAAGGUUUUCAAUGGAUGCCCAUUAAAAAUUCAUUGUGCAACCUCGUGGAUUAAUCCUGACACAAGAGACCAAUACUUGAUUUUUGGAGCUGAAGAAGGCAUUUAUACCUUGAACCUUAAUGAGCUCCAUGAAACAUCAAUGGAACAGCUAUUUCCCCGCCGAUGUACAUGGCUCUACGUAGUGAACAAUUGCUUAUUAUCAAUAUCUGGUAAAGCUUCUCAACUUUAUUCCCAUAAUUUACCAGGAUUGUUUGAUUAUGCACGACAAAUGCAAAAGUUACCAGUUGCAAUACCAGCACACAAACUUCCUGACAGAAUACUUCCCAGAAAGUUUGCUGUUUCUACAAAAAUCCCAGACACCAAAUGGUGCCAGAAAUGUUGUGUGGUGAGGAAUCCUUACACAGGACAUAAAUAUCUUUGUGGAGCACUACAGUCUAGCAUUAUUCUGUUGGAGUGGGUUGAACCAAUGCAGAAAUUCAUGCUAAUCAAGCAUAUAGAUUUUCCUGUACCUUGUCCACUGAGGUUAUUUGAAAUGCUGGUAGUACCUGAACAGGAAUUCCCUUUAGUUUGUGUUGGUGUGAGUAAAGGAAGAGACUUCAAUCAGGUGGUGAAGUUUGAGACUGUCAACCCAAAUUCUACCUCUUCAUGGUUUACUGAAACAGAUAUUACACAGACAAAUGUUGUACACGUAACACAGUUGGAGAGAGAUACCAUUUUAGUCUGCUUGGAUUGCUGCAUAAAAAUAGUAAAUUUGCAAGGCAGAUUGAAAUCUAGUCGGAAACUGUCUUCAGAACUCACCUUUGAUUUCCAGAUUGAGUCAAUAGUUUGUUUACAAGACAGUGUUUUGGCUUUCUGGAAGCAUGGAAUGCAGGGAAGAAGUUUUCGAUCAAAUGAGAUCACACAGGAAAUUUCAGACAGUACAAGAAUUUUCAGACUCCUUGGAUCCGACAGAGUUGUGGUACUGGAGAGUAGGCCUACAGAUAACCCUACGGCCAACAGCAACUUAUACAUCUUAGCAGGUCAUGAAAACAGUUACUGAGAGGCAGCAUGCAUGGCAAUUUAAUUCUGAAAAGAGAACACUACUGCUUCAACACUUAUGGAUGGCUGAAAUUGCACAAAAGCUACAGUACCCCAACUUCAUUUACUUUGUAAUUUAUUGUGGUGUGUGAGUGAAUGAGUGCAAGAAUGCUUGCCUGAAUGAUAUGGACAUAUUUAGCACAUUUAUACCACAUAAGUGCUUGGUUCACCAUUAUGUAAUCUUUGUACAUAUAUGCAGUAUUUUUCCGUUCAAAUGGAGGCAUCCCUUGAUUUUUUUUGUAGAUAGUGGUCAAAAUGUCUUAUUUGUACAGAUAGCUGAAGACAUGAAAUUGCUUUUGGGGUACUGUUGUAAGGACACUUUUUUAAAAAAAAUUGGAUGCUAGCGAUAAAAACAGUGCAUUUAAAUAACACUAUUGUAUUUUAUUAUGUAAUUUACUAAUACAAAUAAAUCUUACCUUUUAGACAUUGUAACCAAGGCUGUAAUCCUGUUACAAUCAUGUUUUUAAUUUUAUGCAAGUACACUGGUGUUUGGUUGCACAAAGUAUUAAUAUGUGAUGUAUUUAGUCACAAAAGUAAGCUGUGACUUUGUAGAUAUGAUUUGGGUGUUUUAGUUUAUUUGGAUAGUUUUCUUUGUGAAACUAGCCAGUUGAACACCUGUAUUUUUAUAUUUAAGGAAAAUUCUCUAAUUAUUUUCUGCACUUGGGGAAGGAAGUAAAUAUUUUGAAUGGGAAUAAAUCCCAAAUAGUGGUACCUUGGCAUAAUUAUAAAUGUAUACAAUGAUUAAAUAAGGAUUAUUUUGAUUUUUUUGUUAUUCAGUGCCACCCACAUCAUGCAAAAAUUAUAGCAUUCCACAUUGUGGAAGUUGUUGCAAUAUUUGGAGCUAGAUCCAAGUAUCCACAUACAGUGGGCCCUUGGUAUCUGCUGGGGUUUGGUUCCAUGAUUCCCCGUGGAUGCUCAAGUCCCAUUCUAUACAAUGACUUUGUAAAAUGUAUCUCGUAUAUUAAAUGGCAAAAUCAAAGUUUGAAAUUUGAAAUAUUUUGAAGCCAUGGAUGCAGAAUCUACAGAUACGGAGAGUUGACUGUACUUCACAGAUAUUAAUUAGCAUUCACAUUAAGACAAAGAUAUACGUUUCUCUCAAGUAAAACUGGAUGUCCUACUUGGCAGGAUAGGUGUAGCAUCCCUAGUUCAUUACCAUUAUGCCCAUGUUGAUCUGCAUAGCCCUUUUGCCAAUUGUCAUAAGAUAAGUGUGCACACACUGGGAUUCCAUAGUGGUUUUCACUUGCAGAUAACAGAGUGGUGAAUCUGUACUUCUUUUCUUUAAGUAGUAGGAACUUCAUUGAACAGUGAUUUCGAAGCUAUAUUCCAAGCAACCCUGGAUACCUCAGAGGCAUAGAUGUGGGCUUUUCAGUAAUAAUAAAAAUGCUCCUAAAAGAGAGCAUACUUUUCCCUACUUGCCAUGAGCAUCAUUGAGGAGUGGGAAGAAUAGGGUGAGAUUUUACUCAGUUCACAUUGAGAGUAAAGCUCAAACAAGCAUAGCCCAUGUGAACUGUGUACCUGAGAAUCCUAUGCAAUAUGCAGGGGUUUAUCAUUAGACAGAUUAAUUUCUCUAAGGCAAGAAGCUUAAUACUCACUGCCAUAUGGGGAUGAACCCACAGAACAGCUGUUCUUCAUAUGAAAGGGAGUUGCCAUUAACACAGUGAUUAAUUAAUUGUCUUAAUUUGGCCCAUUCGGUUUUUCAAUGUUUGGCCUUAUGCUGUUUUUUCACAUGUUCCUUUUAAUGUCUUAAUGCCUAGCCAAAAUUGUUUAGUUGCUACCUCACACAAACAAUUUACAUGAUUACUACACAUCACAGGAAUUUUUAAUUUUGAGCAAAAUAAUUUUUGAUGCAGUAAUGUAAAUGCCAAGUUUUGGGGGAAAUGCACAUAUUGGCUUUUUGUAUAUAUUCUUUAUACUGUGAUAUAUACUAAGAAUAACUACAUUAAAAGUGAUUUAUGGUCUGUAUUGAUGUUGUUGGUAAUGCUUUUGAAUAUUUCCUGAUGUAUAUAUUGUAAAAUAAACUUUUUUUAACAUGUUUGUUGUA